UGUGAGAGAGACCGUUUGGCUCUGCAGGCGGCAGGCGGGGGGAGCUGCUCCUCGGCCGGGCGUGGAGGCAGGCGGGCAGCUGCUGAGGAGGGCUAGCUGGGAGCGUCCACCCGCCCUCCACCAGCAUGGCCACGUCCUCACAGUACCGACAGCUGCUGAGUGAUUACGGGCCACCGUCUCUCGGCUAUACCCAGGGAACUGGGAACAGCCAGGUGCCCCAGAGCAAAUACGCCGAGCUGCUGGCCAUCAUCGAAGAGCUGGGGAAAGAGAUCAGACCCACCUACGCGGGGAGCAAGAGUGCGAUGGAGAGACUAAAACGAGGCAUCAUCCACGCUAGAGGACUGGUUCGGGAGUGCUUGGCUGAGACGGAACGAAAUGCCAGGUCCUAGCUGCCUUGUUAGUGUGGAAGGUUCUCCAUCUUCCAAGAAGUGACAGCUCAUCUCCCCCAUUCAGAUGAAAUUUGUUUUCAAAAUGGUAACAGUUUGGUUUCUCCUCCCGUGUCUCUCCCAUGAUUCAUUAGGCUCUGAACCUACAGUCUAAGGUCGAGAAGACAUUUUGCAGCUGACUAGGACUUACAUUUUAAAUAGUCAGGAACUACCCAGGGUUUUUUUGUUGUUGUUGUUUUGCUUUUUCAAGCGUUGAUUCAAAAGAUGCAUGUAAAAGUUACCUAUCUCACAGCAAACUAUAGUUUGCCUCCACGAUUCCGGUGUUUCUCUUUUGAAUACAUUUAUGUUACUCAAACUGUUCUUUGUUUUUUUUUUCCAUAAGCUAAUACAACUCGGAGGGGUUUUUUUUAGUGCAUACCGACAGCACGCUUUACUUAGUAGCCGGUCCCGUUUGCCAUACAGUAUAGAUUCUGCUUAAUGUAACUUCUUUUUUGCUUAAGCAUUUGCAUGACUAUUAGUGCUCUGAAGUCAAUAUAAAAAAUGCACAAGUUAUAAAUACAGAAGAAAGAGCAACUUACCAAACCUAACAAGGACCCUUGAAACUUUUCCUAAGACUGUAUGUAGAUUUCAGUUCUGCCUUUCCUGUAAGUUGAUCCAAACAUCUGGAAGAAAAUGACUAACACUGUUUGCAUCUUUGUAUGUAUUUAUUACUUGAUGUAAUAAAGCUUAUUUUCAUUAACAA